GGAAGUGGGUGGCUUUCUUUUGUUUCAUUUUCAAUCUCUGGAAUCGAGCGGUUACUUCUACGCUGUCUUCCCUCGGUUCCUCCGCCUCUUUUUCUCCUCUUAUACUCUCCUUUCUUUCCUCCUCUUUCCCUCACUUUCCCUGUUUUUCACUUUGCUUUCUCAGCUCCUCUUACUAAGAGAAAGCGCAAUGGCUUCUGCUUUCUCUGCUACCAAGUUCACCCCUUUCAAUCCCACCACCCCCAGAUCUCACCACAAACAACCUCUUUUCGAUCCUCUCAAAACCACCAGUUCUUUUCCGGGAUCUACUCGAAAACUUCGUUUCACUACUUUUCCCACAUUGAAUCUACUCAAUUCUCACCGUCGAUCACCUGUUGUUGCAGUUUCCGAAGCCAUUGAAGAAAAGAAGCUCAAAUUGACCUCCAAUCUGUUGAUCACAAAAGAAGAAGGCUUAGAACUAUAUGAGGAUAUGGUGUUGGGCAGAGCCUUUGAGGACAUGUGUGCCCAGAUGUAUUACAGGGGGAAAAUGUUUGGCUUUGUUCAUCUCUAUAAUGGUCAAGAGGCUGUCUCAACUGGGUUCAUCAAGCUGUUGAAGAAGGAAGAUUAUGUUGUCAGCACUUAUCGGGAUCACGUCCAUGCAUUGAGCAAGGGUGUCUCUGCUCGUGCUGUAAUGAGUGAGCUCUUUGGCAAGACCACUGGGUGUUGUCGUGGCCAAGGUGGAUCCAUGCACAUGUUUUCGAAAGAGCACAAUGUGCUUGGUGGAUUUGCAUUUAUUGGCGAGGGAAUUCCAGUGGCAACUGGUGCAGCUUUUACCUCUAAAUAUAAGAGAGCGGUUUUGAAGGAGACAGAUAGUGAGGAUGUGACACUGGCAUUUUUUGGAGAUGGAACAUGUAAUAAUGGACAAUUCUUUGAGUGUCUGAACAUGGCGGCACUGUGGAAAUUGCCCAUUGUGUUUGUUGUGGAGAAUAAUUUGUGGGCAAUUGGAAUGUCACACCUGAGGGCAACUUCAGAUCCUGAGAUUUGGAAGAAGGGCCCAGCAUUUGGUAUGCCAGGUGUUCAUGUCGAUGGAAUGGAUGUUUUGAAAGUAAGGGAGGUGGCCAAGGAAGCAAUUGGAAGGGCCAGGAUGGGAGAAGGACCAACUCUGGUGGAAUGUGAGACUUACAGGUUUAGAGGACACUCAUUAGCUGAUCCUGAUGAGCUUCGUGACCCUGCCGAGAAGGCUCACUAUGCUGCUAGAGAUCCCGUCACAUCCUUGAAGAAGUACAUUAUUGAGAACAACCUAGCCAGUGAAGUAGAGUUGAAAGCCAUUGAGAAGAAGAUAGAUGAAGUGGUUGAGGAUGCUGUUGAAUUUGCAGAUGAGAGCCCUCAUCCACCUCGCAGCCAGCUACUUGAGAAUGUAUUUGCAGAUCCAAAAGGCUUUGGAAUUGGACCUGAUGGGCGGUAUCGAUGCGAGGAUCCCAAAUUCACCCAAGGGACUGCUCAUGUCUAAGUUUUUAGAGUUGGGGACGUUAAUUAAUUACUUCUUGGUCUGCAUGAGGUUUAUAAUUAUACUAGAAUUUGUUAGUAAUCCACUUGUUCCCUUAAAUGUAAUGCUGUGUCUUGUAUAAGCAGGAUUUCUAGUUUAGCUUGCUUUGUACUUAAGUUUUUGGUUUUGUUUUGCUAAUCAUCCUUUUGUUUAUUGGACUAUUGUUUGGAAUGGAAACCACAAAUGGUUCACGUUCCUUGCACCCCCUUGGAAAAAAAAGGAAAACAAUAAUCUUAUGUAGAAUAUUUUAUAAUAGAAUUUUUGUGUUCGACAUA